CACUCCAUCCUUCCUCUCUCUUCUCCACCCACCACCUCUCUCUCUCUCAUCUUCAACGUUCUUCUCGUAGCAAAAAAAAAAAACAGUGAGACCAACCAAUCCAUCAUGGCCGUCGAUCUAAUGCGCUUUCCUAAGAUGGACGAUCAAAAGGCUAUCCAAGAGGCUGCAUCGCAAGGCUUACAGAGCAUGGAGCAUCUGAUCCGCGUCCUCUCCACUAACCCCCCCGAGCGUAACAACAACGUUGACUGCUCCGAGAUAACCGACUUCACCGUUUCCAAAUUCAAAACGGUUAUUUCUCUACUUAACCGUACUGGUCACGCCCGGUUCAGACGCGGACCGGUUGCGUCUCCUCAGAAACACCAGAGCCAAAUCGCUAAACCCGAGGCGGCUCCGGUCGUUGUUUCUCAGCCGUCUAGACCAACGGCGAAGCUUCUUCCGGCGGUCGUGGCGGCUCCGUCGAGCCAGCCGAGCAUAACUCUGGAUUUCACUAAACCCACCGUCUUUGGAUCCAGCUCCAAGAGCUCCGAGAUGGACUUCGCCAAGGAGAACUUCAGCGUGUCGUUGAACUCUUCCUACAUGUCGUCGGCGAUAACCGGCGACGGCAGCGUCUCCAAGGGAUCUUCGAUCUUCCUCGCGUCGCAGCCUGUAAACUCCUCCGGUAAGCCACCGUUGGCAGGCCAUCCUUACAGAAGAAGAUGCGCAGAGCACGAGCACUCCGAGAAUUUUUCCGGGAAGAUCUCCGGCUCCGGCCACGGGAAGUGCCACUGUAAGAAAAGCAGAAAAAAUAAAGUGAAGAGAACCAUCAGGGUACCGGCGAUAAGCUCUAAGAUCGCCGAUAUUCCACCGGACGAGUAUUCGUGGAGGAAGUACGGUCAAAAACCAAUCAAGGGCUCACCACACCCACGUGGUUACUACAAGUGCAGUACGUUUAAAGAGUGUCCGGCGAGGAAACACGUGGAACGAGCUUUGGAUGAUCCAUCGAUGCUUAUCGUGACUUAUGAAUGGGAGCACGAUCACAACCCGUCCGCGAUGCAACAGAAUGUUUCUUCUCCGGGAGUUAAUGAUUUUGUGUUUAAUUCGGCUUGACUUUGACUUGUAUUGUUUUUGAUUUGUUGAGUAAUAGAGGGAUUGAUUUGUAAAUUUCUUGUACUAAAACAUAUUUUAAUUAGAAAAAUUAGUCUCUGGUGGAAUGUAUUUGAUAAUACUAAUCUCCUGGUGCGUUAUGAAAUUAGAUGAUCAUCAGAUAUGGGUACAAGGUAGUGGUUAUGGAAUUAA